AUGAAGCUCUUCGAUCUCACCCUCUUCGCAUCAACUGCUAUCGCAGCAGCCUGUGCCAACCCUAUCCCCGAACCAUCCCCUCCUCAAACCGUCUGUGGUCUCACAGGUACCAUGGGCGACGUGCCUACCCAGAUCCGAACCUCGGCCUUCAUAACCCUUUCCGGGUUCUCCACGCCUGAAGCAUGCCGCGCAAAGUGCUUCAGUGCCGAGUAUGCCAAGUGCAAGUCCUUUGGCAUUCGUCAGAGUGGCGGUGGCUCAUGCCUUCUCUUCGACUACGAUAUCAGUUCCCAUAUCAUUCCUCGUCAAUCCGUCUACACCUACUUCCCUCUCCCUGCUGGAAUUCGUGGCGCUGUUCCCGAGAACGUGGCCCAGCACUACAGAGCCGAUAUUACGAAGACGAAGGGCACAUAUGAAGGGUGCCGUGGAGUUUGCCUGUCUGAUUCUAGAUGCAAGGGCUUUGGAUACAAGGAUGGUGGCAACUGCCAGCUUUAUGAUGUUUCUCUUGAGGGCAAGGUCAAGCCUAAGCCGGAUUGGCCUUACAUCCAGUACCGUGUCGACUGCCCUUCUGCUUAA